AAAAAAAAAUAAAAAAAAAAAAGAGAGAGAAAGUAGAGAGAGAGAGAGAGAGUGUGUGUGUAUUGUUUGGAAGGAGUCGGCGCUCUUUCUUCGUCUUCACAGAUAGCACACAUCUCAAUCGGUAAGAGAGAGAGAGAGAGAGAGAGAGACAGAGACAGAGAGAAGAGAGAGAAAGACAGACAGACAGCAGUGAAUAAUGCAAAUAUAUAUACAGAGCAAGUCGGAAUUUCAGUAACGGCUAGUUUCCAAGGUAGUGGGGAGGACAAAGAGACUGCGAUUUGUGAGAGGAAGGAAGGCUCGGUUUCUCUUUUUUCAGAAAAUGGAUUACAAUAACAAGAAUAAUGAGAAUUGGGAUUGGCAAAGGGAGGAGUAUGGUGACCAAAAGGAUUCUAGUCAUGAUAUAUCGAAACGCAUGUGGAAUGGGGUGCCUCAGAAUGAAGAAGACAUGUCAUACAUGCUUGAUGAUGAAACAACCCCAAUUAAAGCUUGUGGCGAUUUGGCAUACCAUGUUGGACAUAAUGAUAAUUUGAACAAGGAAUCAGAAGAAUGUAGGGAGCCCUAUUCACAAGUAAAGAGGCGAAGGAUGCUACAAUUUAACACUCAAGCUAUGGAAUCUCCCCUUUGCAGUGAAGAGAUGUCUUCUUCAUUUCUAAAAUCAAAUGAGAGAGAAGAUUCACUUGAGGAGGCUUUACCUGCUGUAUCACAUUGGGUCCCUGGGUAUCCAGAAAAUACAUCUGCAUCUUGUUAUGAGAUCCUGGAUCAAUCAUCUGACGAGUGGAUUGCUGGAUACUUCAAUGAUACUGAGAUGCAUUGCAGCCCUGAUGACUUGAAUUUCUCUGGGGCAUCAGAUGUGCAAAUCGAUGUUUCAGAGUUUUGUGAAGUUGCACCUGAGUAUGAAAAUAACAUGCCUCAGCAGCGUAUUGCUCGUACUCCCAAAAACAUUGUUUUUAAAGGUAGGGAGUCUUACAUUCGGACUCCCGCUAAGUUGGCUUCUUCUGUGGCCUAUCCGUUUGCCUUCAUUAAACCCUGUGGGAUUCAUGGAGACGUAACUCUGAAGGACAUAAACCAGAGGAUCCGCACUCCACCACCUUCAAAAUCGAAGCAAAAUGAAGAUCCAGCUGCUUCUUACCCAACUUCUGCCUUUUCUGGGAAACCUGUUGUUGGCAAAACCAAGAUUCACACUGAAGGUGGAAAAGGCAGCAUCACAAUUAUGAGGACCAAAGGCUAGAGUGCGUAGAUAAAAUGUUCUUCUAAACUUCCUUUUUUGUGGCCCUUUUACCUCACCUCACUAUUUACUGUGGUGGAGUGUUUCCUGUAAUAUUCUUAGGGCAAUCAAGUAUAGAAGUUGAUACUGCAUUUUUCUUCUUUUGUCUUUUGUUUUCUGAGUUGUAUUUUGGAAACCAUAAAUCACAGCAACGUGUUUUAUGUUUCCAGGUUGUGUUUGAGGUGUCAAAUAGCUGUUGUUUGUUUAUACAUAGUCUCUGUCCUAGACUGAGGAUCUCUAUGUCUAUCAGAUCCUAUUUUAUUCUGGUUUCAAAAGAACAUUGAUUAGUGCUUUGCAUCGAAUUCCAUAAUGUCAAAUCUUGUGUAUGAAAAUAUGUAUCUGAAGAAACUCUAGUUUUGGACAUGUACCAAACCUCUCUUUAUAAUGACUUUGAGAUUUGCAUUUUUCAAA